AUGUCGCUCCCUGUUCCGUAAUAAAUGCGUCUGUCGCGUCUCUCCACUUUACUCUUCUCCCGCUUUUCUCUGGAAACUUCUUCUACAAUGUUCCUCCUAAAUAUUUUGGUUUUGGUCUCUCUCCUUGGAGUAGGACUACAUCUAAAUGGCGUCGCCUCAAUGACUCAUUCUCUGAUGUAUUUUACCACUUCUUCAAAUGAUGUUCCAAACUUCCCAGAGUUCAUUGAAGUUGGUUAUGUGAAUGGCCUUCAGAUCACUCAUUAUGACAGUAACACAAAGAGAGCAGUGCCCAAACAGGAGUGGAUGAAGAAGAUCACAGAGGAGGAUCCACAGUACUGGGACACAGAGACUCAGAUCAGUUUGGUUGGUGAGCAGGUGAUGAAAGGCAACACUGAAAUAGUGAAACAGCGCCUCAACCAGACUGAAGGCUCUCACAUGUCACCAGCGGAUGUCGGCUGUGAAUGGGACGAUGAGACUGGUGACAUAAAUGGAUGGUUUCAGUUUGGUUUUGAUGGAGAAGAUUUUAUCGCCUUUGACCUGAAGACUGAGACUUUUGUGGCUCCGAGAUCAGAGGCCGUCCCCACCAAACACAAGUGGGAGAGGAGCGGAGAGGCUGUUAGACAGAAAAACUACAUCACCCACGAUUGUGUUGAGUAUCUGAAGAAACACCUGCGGAAUGGACAGAGCACCAUUAUGAGGAAAGAGCUCCCUCGGGUGUCCUUCCUGCAGAAGACUCCCUCGUCCCCGGUCACCUGCCACGCCACAGGCUUCUACCCCGACAGAGCCAUGCUGUUCUGGACCAAAGACGGAGUGGAGCUGCACGAGGGCGUGGACCCCGGGGAGAUCCUGCCCAAUCACGACGGGACCUUCCAGAUGAGUGUGGACCUGGACAUGUCCCACCUGUCCUCUGUCCCACCUGAGGACUGGGGACACUUCGGGUGCAUGUUCCAGUUGUCCGGAGUUCCAGACAUGCCCACCAAGCUGCACCCAGACCUGAUCAUGACCAACGCAAAGAAUUACACAGGCGUUAUUGUAGCUGCAGUGGUCGUUCUUGGAGUAUUUCUUCUUGCUGCUGUUGGGUUUGCCGUGUACAGAUGGCGUAAAGCCCAAGCAGGCGCAUACUAAACCAGAGGUCGAGAAAGAAUUUGUUCAAGUCGCAAGACAAAAGGAGGAGGCUGAACAACCUCUUGAUCCUAAACAGUGACAUGUGAGCUGUUUGAGCGAUUAGGAGAAAAUAAAACAUUUGUAAUGGUUUGGUGAACAGCGUAUGACUUGGAUUUAAGAUAUUUUACAGUUUUACAGGAGUUUGACAAGAGUAAAACCACUAAUUGUCUCAUUGACUUUGAGUGCCGCUGUAAAAAAUGCCUUUAAGACGAGAUAACACUUCUUAAAUCAUGUCUGUUACAAGUUUUUAAAGACUGAAAUCAGUAUUGAGUUGUCAUAUCUUGGUCCUACUUAAAUGUCAAUGUAUAUAUAUUUACUCAGUUAUUUAAGACAUUACAGGAGACUGAUCUAUUUAAAAUGUGAGCCAAAGAAAAGAGCAGAAGCUUUGAUAAAAUAUGAACAGACAGGCCCCAGUUCCUCAAAUGGAUUCACAAAUGACACUGAACGUACAUUGUCUGUAAAAAUAAUAUAUCAUGUCAUAUUUUUUGGCUGAAACUGUAUUGACAUUUGGGUAAUUUCAGAAAAUACAUUUGUAAUUGAUCACUGCUGGAUCAGUUAAAACAGUGAUGGAACCAUUUAUUAGACGUGUCUGUUUAAUUUAAUAGUGAAAUACACUACUGUACAUGAAGUUGUAAUUUAUGCUGCAAAUGUAAAUAUAUUGUACUGUUAAUUCCUUUUGCCCACUUUAUAUUUGUGUAAAUAGAUUUGCUUGGGUUAUAUUAUAAAGAUGGACAUUUUUAAUAUUUUCAUACAUAUUUAGUGUUUGUAUUGAAUUUGCUUUAAGGAAUACUUCCAUUAAUGUUGUGUGAAUGUGAGCCUUUUCUUAAGCUCUUAAAUAAAAAAUACAAUUCAAAAUAUUA